AUGGAAGAAGCAGCACAAAAAGCUGUCGCUGCUAUACAAGCAGGGGACACAGCAGCGGCGCAGAAGAUCAUUGGCUCUUUAACCUCCCCUCAUGUGCAGCAGGCCCUACAAACCACCAAAGAAAUAGGCAACAAAUGCUUCAGAACAGGAAAGUAUGCAGAGGCUCUUUACCACUACCAAGAAGCCAUCACAGGCUACAGGUGCUUGAAUCCUAACCAGCAGCAGCCAACGCAGCAAAAACAGAAGCAGAAGCAACGGCACCAACAGCAACAACAGCAGCAGCAGCAGCAACAGCAAGAGGAGGAGUGGCGUAAUCAGCUACAGCAACUAUAUUCUAAUCGUAGCGCAUGCUUUUCUUGUCUUAAUCGAUAUGAGGAGGCCCUUGAAGCAGCAAGAGAAUGCAUUCGUCUCAACCCCAAAUGGCCAAAGGGAUGGUUUAGAGCAGCGCGUGCCUUGUAUGGGCAGCAGCAGUACGCUUCUGCCCUCAAAGCCUUCCAGUGGGCCCAGCAGCAGCAGACGCAGCUGCAGCAGCAGACCCAGCAACAGCAAGGCGACAGCUUAGCAGCUUGGAUAGAAAAAAGCAAAGAAAAACUUGAGCAGCAAAAGAGGGUUUUGCGGUGCAGCACAGACUACAGCAGAUUUGAACAACUGCAACAAGAAGCAAACGAAAUAGAGCUGGAAGAAAAAGCAGCAGCAACAGCAGCAGACGAAGCAGGCGGGCCCUCCUUGGAGUUUGCCCCCACAACGUCGGAAGAGCAGCGCCGCCAGAUUGAGGCACUAUUAACAGGUGCGCAAGGACCAUCUGCAUCUGGCGGCAGCAGCAACAGCAGCAGAAGCAGCAGCAGCCUGUCAGAAUUUCUGAGUUUUAAACCCUCCGAAAGAGAUGCAGAUACACCGCAAGAUUAUGCUGCAGCGUUUGAUGACCUCGUUGCUGCUCAAGCUGCCUCCAAACAGGAGCACAAGCAGCACCAGCAGAGUCAGCAGCAGUUGAUCGAGGCACAGACUGGCGUUGCGCUUUGCAAGUACAUACAGAUGGGGACGGAUAUAAGAGAAGCACAGCGCUGCCGCAGAGCAGCAAAUUGCCCGCUUGCCAUCGCCUUUCGCUUGGGCGCUCAGCGAACCAUCAGGCAUCUGCUGGAGUGCAGCAGCAGCAGCCGGAGCGGCAGCAGCGACAACAAUUGCAGCGGAUGCGGCAAAAGCAGCUGCACUACCAGAAUGAGUAGCUGCUGCAGCAGUUCUCUCAGACACAGCAACAGCAGUCGCGGCACCAUAGGCGACGCGGACCGAACUGCGACAGGCAUUGCCCCAGCCGAACAGCAGCAGCAGCAGCAGCAUUGUCUGUUUGUCGUGGCGACAUACGCCGCAGUCCUAAGUGAGGAGAGCGCUAUGGAGGCCUCGCGCAUCUUGCCUAUUAACCCUUACCUUCUGCAGUUGAAGCAGCAGCAACACCAACAGGAGCAGCAGCAACAAGCCGAGGGGGAAGAACAACAGCAGAAGCUGAGGACGGAGAAGCGGGAGACAGAGGAGGUGGCGAAAAGCACGAAUGCUGCUGCUGCUGGUGCUGCGGCUUGCAGCAACAGCAACAGCAGCAGCAGAGGGACCGGCAGCCGCAGCAGCAAGACGCCCACUCCGUUGCUGCUGCAGCAGCCAUUUUCUUGUGUCUUGCUAGAUCCCGUGUUGUUUGAGGUGGGGAUACUGGGGAGACAGCUGCUGCCGCUUACGCGGCAUGUUCGAUCCCUUUGCGUCUCCCGGCCUGUUGUUUUUCCUUCAAGCGUGAAGGUUUGGAUCCAGGCAUUUGAAGUUCGCCUUCCGCACCUUCAGCCUCUCACCGCAGCAGCCGCAGCAGAAACGGGAGGACCUGCGUCGGCAACACCAGAACCAGCAGCAGCAGCAGCAGCGGACAAGUUGAGGAAAUUUGAUUUGGCUCCUUUUGAGGCAGCAGCUCGGUGGACGGCACAUGCAGAUUCAGUUGCAUUGCAGCUGUGCUCGUGUGAAACGGAGGAAGAAGCAGCAGCAGCAGCAGUACCAACUGCAGCAAAGCCAGACGCAGCACAAGAUGCUGCCUGCCACAUCUACGGAGAUAUCUGUACACCGCGUACAGAGGCAAAGGCAGUGCUGUCCUUUCGAUUUGACGGCCCCUUAGAGAGCCUUGACCAGGACAUUCCGCUGCAGCAAUCCGUAGAAAUGUAUCUCGACGGGAUCGGAAGGCCCGGAAUGGUAAACGCUUUCGCCCUUUGGCUCGAGUUCUUCGAGCAGCACCAUCCAGCAGCAGCAACACCAGCGAAAGCACCAGAAGAAAGCACAGCAGCAGCAGAUGCGGAAGCAAAUAAAGGCGGUGUACAGAAGGAGAAAACACUUCCGAGCAGCCAAAAUGCUCACGCAUGCGUGUAUGCAAACGGGUCCGCCUCCGCCACUCGCAAUGGCUGGCAGCACCAGCACCGGCCUAAGCGGCAGCAGCAGCGUCUAUUCUUCUCCACCUCUCCUCAUGCAGAAACACCUGACAGCUAUUCCCGCGAGACAGAAAAAGGAGUAGCAUCAGCACCAGCAAUAGCAGUAGCAGAUGGGAGGCAUAGAGGGAAGAGACAGGUGAAGCAGGGCCUCUUCUGGGUGUCUCCUGUUUUAAUUCAACAUGGGGAACGUCUUCGAGUUAAGCUGGUGCAGAAGCCCACAAGGCUCUCCAUCAGAAUUCUAGAGACCUCCCGUCUCCCUUGUUCCCCCACUGGAGCAGCGGCAGACGCAGAAGCAGCAGCAGAAGAACAAGGAGCAGUAGCUCCAUCACGCCGAGUGUCGGCUGCAGAUGAACAACGACGAGCUGUGGCCCCUCAUCAGCUGGACUUGGCUCGCGAUCCCGUCUUGGUUCACUUGCUGCAGGUUGCGCUGCUGCAGCUGCUGCAGCAGCAAAUCAAGUCAUUCGACAAGAGCGUUAAGAGGCGCGUGCGGCUGCUGCAGGCAGCUACUGCAGCAACAGGUCCAUUGGGGGCCCCCAAGGGUCCCCAGCAGCAGCUGGCAGAGGCGGUAAAGCAGUCGCCUCCUUUGUCUGUGCUGUGCAGUGGCGGCUGCGCGCUGCUGCCGCUGUUGGCGCUGCAGGCAGCAGCCCUUGCCUACUACUGUGCUGCUGAAUUGAGGGAGGUUCGGCUGUGUGGGACCCCACUGCCUCUAAAGCUGUUUGCCGCUGAGCCUCUAACGGGCGCCUUCGAGGUAAUGAAGAAGCUGCUGCUCUGUAACGCCGAGCAAACUCUCGGGGCCCCACAGGCAAAGCCUACGAAACUCACACAUCCUUCAGGAGGGUGGAGAUCAUUUAAGGAGCUCGGCGCAGCCGACGCAGGAACAGCACUGCAGCAGCAGCAGCGAGGUUCAGCUGUCUGCAGCAGGGGUACUGAGGCUGCCUUGUUGAUGAGAGCGAAGGUAAAGGAAGCAAUGGUGGCUGUGCAAACGCCUCUCCUCUCCCUCUUGCCCCCGGAAGAUGCUGAAGACACCACGGUACUUCUGGCUUUUGCAGAAGUACACCACAUGGAGCCUGGGAGCAAUAUCAAGGAGCACCUGCAGCAGCAACUGCAGCAACAGCAGCAGCGUGACGGUGCCGUGACCCCUGGAGGACUCUUCCGGCUGCCUGUCUGCGCCUCCCUUUUCGCAUCAUUGGCUCUGGACAAUGCCGGCUUGGGCGAAGGAAUUUCUAUCUUCUCUAAAUAUGCAUCACUGGUAACUCAUAGCGGCACGCAAAUACUCAACAGCAACACCAACAGCAACAGCAACAAGAACAACGACACAACAGCAUUAGCACCAGCAACGACAGCAGAAGCAGCAACACCAGCAGGGCCAGAUGCUGUAGUAGCAACUGUAACUCCAGCAACUCCAGCAGCAGCCGACACUGCAGUAGUUGCUGCAGCAGCAACACCCACACAAGCAGCAGCAAGUAGGGCAGUAGGCCCUGUUGAGAAAAAGGGAAGCCACUUUGCUGCUGUCCCGCUUGCGAGUGAUGGGCGUAGUGCUUCAGCUUGGGGAAGUGAUAGCAGCAGGAACCGGCGCUGCAGAAGCAACAGCAACAACAACUCCAAGAGCGGCCGCAGCACCUGGGGUGGGGAGGCAAACAGACACAGGGCAGCAGCACACAAGAUCCUUCCCAUACAAGCCUCCCGCAGCGGCACGGCAAACACGCUGGCACUUUGGUUCGAAUUCUCUCUCGGCAACUUCACCAUCUCUACGCAGCCGAAAUCCAUCAGGAACCUUCUGCACCAGCAGCAGCAACAGCAGCAGAAGCAGCAGGUGCACGGUGGCGCCUGUUGUGGGUCACCAGCAGCUGCAGCAGGAACAGCAGAUGCUUUCGCUGGUGCUGCUCCCGAAGAAUCGUGGGAAAUCGAUCACUACACGAAGGCGUGGAGACAGGCAAUUGUUUAUCUGCCACCGCUAAAAGUCUCAAGGGGAGAUACAAUCGACCUUCGGAUAUCUGCUGGCGACGCCACUCUAAAGGCAUCCAUCAUCGCUUCCCCCAGCGAAGGGCAGCAAACAGGGGCCUCAGAUGAAAGGGAGUACGAACUGCGCAUGCAGCAGCAGUGGAAAGCUUUGAGGGAGUCACAGCAAAAGGCCUCCGAAGCGUGGAUGCAUUUGCUAUUCUCCUCUACAGACGCAACCGCAGCCGCUGCUGCUUCGCGUCCUCAGCCAGCGCAGAUUGCAGCCGCAGCAGCAGCCAUCGCCUGUUCGCCUGCUGAACAGCGGAGCUUCUUCCUGGACCCAUUUGAAGCUGCGGGAAUCCUGCGCGCUCUCUUCUACUAA